CAGGACGUUGCUGGCUAGCUUUCCUUCAGGCAGAAGACUGAACCUCUGCAAGUGAUUGAACAUUAAAACUACGCCAUGGAUGAAAAUGGAAGAGAUAUCACAUGCUUGGAUCCUAUAGCAACUGCAGCAUUAAAAGCUGCUAAUAUAAGCAGAGACAUGCUGCCCAGCCUCUCUAAGGAGGACUUGCGUGAUCUCCUUCCCGGGCCUGAGCACUUCAGAAGAAGAAGAACCAUUUGGAGACUCAAUCAUGAUGAAAAUGAGGGCCAGGAGACAGACCUGUGUAGACCGAGUACCUCCCAUGGGACUUGUGAUUUCAGCCCUAUUCCUACCCCCCAACCUUCCUUGUUUCCCUCCUCUUCCUCCUCCUGCCCCAACCCCUCUCCAUCCCCCGUCUUUUCUCCACCCUCCUUCUCCUCUCAAAGCCCACAACCCCAACAUGGUGCCAGCAGAACCGUACAGCUUCCCAGUCCACUGUAUGUUUUAUACACAGACACAGAAUUGGAGCAAUCACGAAGCACCUUUUCUGAAAAGCAGCGUGCUGGAGAAGAAGGAGACUACGUCCUUUCCAAAGAUCUUCGCUGUCGAUUAAUCAGGAAUACAGUCACAAGCAUGCUUUCCAUUAAAAGAGCAGCUGGGGAUGACUUUAACUAUCCAUGCAGCCGUGAACUCACUGUAAUGGCGAAGCGUCUGAUUGAGUACUACCCAAUGCUUCGGGACAGAUCUCAAACCAGUAGAGCUGAGUGGGAAACUGUGAAAAAGCAGCUUUUGAAAAGGGUCCAGAAUGUGACAACCCCCAAAAAGAAGCAGGGUUCAACUCCUUCAAGAAAGAGGCCUAGGAGUUUAAGCUUUCAGAGCAGCCAUGAGACGUCCACUGAUGAGACUGAUGAAUCCACUGCAUCAACCUUGAUCUUGGAGAGAUCACCACCAUCUCGAUGCAGCACCCCGGAGGCUGAACAGUUAUGUGCAUCAGAAACUGAGAGCCCACAGACCCAGGCGAGACACUAUAAGACUCUACAGGCGAUGUAUAAAACUAAGGCCAGACCGAACAAGAUGGAUGUUGCUCAGCUCCUGGACCUCGAAAUCCAAGCGAGAAGGGCCUUCAUUGACUCUGAUGUUACAAAGGAGCAGGACAGGCCUUCCAAGAUUCUUAAAGCUUAUCCUUGCUUUGGAGAACUGGAUCAUCUAAUGGAUGAACUACGGCGGGUCCUCAAUCAAGGCAACUCCCACUUCUUAACGGAACUUAAGACCCGGUGGGGGACCUUUUGUGAGAGGGCACAGUUUUAUGGAGUUUUCAAAAAGCUCAUGAGGCCUCCGCAGCUUGACAAAGUAAAGCACUCAAUUGCCAUGAUGAAGGCUUUACCAGAGAUGUUCCCAUCACCUCUGGCCCCACCCAAGAAGUUAAGGCACGCAAGUGAGGCUCUGCUCCACGUCCUUGAGGUAAGAAAAUGUAUAAGAAUUUUCUCAUGUCGAUACAAAGAGUGAAAUGUUGUGAUCAUA